UGUCGUUACUUUUUCAGUAAUAUCCUAAGUGUUUAAUACGUUAUGAUUUUCCUAAAGGAAUCAGAAAACCAGUUAAUCAGUAGUAUAGGUAACUGUCCUACAUGGAUUUUUUUUUCUAUAACAACAGGAUAUGACUGGUUUUACAUGAAGUGCUUGUGACAGUCGAGGUUUCCAGGGAUCGACAGGGUUCAGUGAAAGUUUAAUGAGGAACUAACACAUCGAUGGGCGGUGAUCUUCACUAACGGCACAGUGAUGCUGCUCACCGCCACCAUUGCGCUUGUGUGCACGUCGCUUGGGAAGUCCUGCGUCCUGUCCAAUAGAAAUAAUGCGUGAGUAUCGCACGGCUUGUUUAUAAAGCGCAGUCUGCUAGCAGCGGGAGGAAUGCAGGUAGAGGCGCGGGAGGCAGACUGAAGGCGGAGGUGGCGGAGGAGGACAGAAGCGCGGAGAGGUGGCGUCAAUGGGAAAUCUGAUGGGCGCUCUGAGGUACAAGGAGCCGAGCACCGUGGAGGAAUGCGACUCGACGUGGGAGACGGACUCGGAGAGCGAUCAGUAUCCGGGAGGAGAGCAGGACAGCGGGCUGUCCGAGUCCAUCGCGGCUCCAGAGUCAGGGCAGUGUGGAGAGGACCGAGACGGCUUUCCUCAGUUUAAUGACAUGGCUGAGUCAUCCACUAAGAUGAAAAGAAGCUUUUAUGCUGCCAAGGACCUGUACAAGUACCGCCAUAGUUAUCCGAAUUACAAGGAGCCUCGGCUGAGAAAUGAGUACCGCAAUCUGAGAUUCUACCUGAAUAAGAUUCCUCUGGUCCCAGAUGGAAUCUAUGUUGAAGAGAUCCUCACCAAAUGGAAGGGUGACUACGACAAACUUGAGCACAAUCACACAUAUAUACAAUGGCUUUUCCCUCUCAGGGAACAAGGCCUCAAUUUCUAUGCCCAUGAACUCACUCAGGAUGAGAUUAAGGAAUUCCAGAACACUCAAGAAGCCAAGCGGCGCUUCGUGCUGGCGUACGCUAUCAUGUUGGACUUCUUUGGGAUCAAGCUCCUAGAUAAGAAUGGAAACGUAGCCCGUGCUGAAAACUGGAAAGAUCGUUUCCAGCACCUGAAUGAGUCUCAGCACAACUAUCUGCGGAUCACACGCAUCCUGAAGAGCCUGGGCGAGCUGGGCUUCGAGAGCUACAAGCUGCCUCUGGUGCACCUGCUGCUGGAGGAGGCUCUGGUGCAGGGCACACUGGCUAACAUGCGCCACAGUGCGCUCGAGUACUUUGUCUACACACUGCGAAAGCACAGUGAGAGACGUGCACUGCUGCGCUUCGCCCAGCGCCACUACCAACCUCCUGAGAACUUCAUCUGGGGGCCUCCAAAGAGGAGAGGCUCCCCUGGAACAAGGGCGAGCAGAAUGGAGUCCCCCCUGGACAGGAGUGUAAGAAUAACUAGAGCUCUAAAGCAGGGGAGUACAAACAGCCCUGAUGAAGAGAUAGAAGGGGUGGACAGGAGGGAAGUAGGGGAGUGGAAAACAACAAAGUUAUCUAGGAGCCAUCAGCAGGGUAGGGGAGACACAGAGGAAUACAUUGAAACUGUACCUCUUUGAGAAUUUUGGAAUGGGGGAUUGAGAAAAUGAGCCUGAUAUUAGGACUGACAGUGUUGGGGAUUAGUAAUGGGUGUGGCUCAAAGCAAUAUUAUUCCUUGUCUUGGCCUUCAGUGAAUAGCAAUGAGAUAUUUGUUACUCUUUGGCUUUUUUGUAAAUCUGUAACUAAAUACCAAUUUUCAUUUUGUUUACUUUGAGGCUUAAAAUAUCAGCUGAUGAUUUUCUACUCUACUGCUAACCCUGCCUCAAUCUGUUACACUUCUUGAACAAUCUUUAGCACACAGAAGUGUAGAUGUGAAUUAUUACCUAACUUGAUUGUGAGUGUGUUGCACCUUUGCCUAUCCAGUCUUCCUCUGUGAAAUAUUGUGGAGCUUAGAUAGACUCCAGGCUUUAACUGAGCCUUUUGAGCCUUAGUCUUAGAGCUGAGUGAGGUUUAUUUGUAUAGAAACAUAACUAUGACUAUCAAAGUUAAAAUGGCUAGAAUGUGUUAACACAAUGCAUUUUAUAACAUCACCCUUUUAAAAAAAUGCUUUUAAUGCAUUUUCCUAGUGUUAUCAUUUGCCUUGUUAUAAUUGAAUACUGAUGUACACCAUUAAAAAAAAAUAGAAAUAGAGACUACUGGACGUCAGUGUAUAAUUAUAAUUACCUUGGGAGAAAAUUGAGGUAAAUUGAGGAAAAUUGGAAAAUUCAAAAAGAUAAAUAAUAAAAAGAGAAAGAGCACUGUGCAGAAGUGUGUGAGGAAAGCCGGAGAUCAUUAAAGAGAAACUUAGCACACUUAGUACAGAUUGUGCCAGCUGCAUUUUGAACACCUACCCUGCACUCAGUGUCUGUGACACACAGAACAGUGCGUUUUGGUUCCAGCCAAUUGUUGAAAGAUUCUUUAAACACAGUCUUCUAGUUGCUGAUCUAGAAAAGCAUGACAUUGAAAUGUGGAAAUUAUGAAAUAAUUACAACCAGCUACAAAAAUGUGUCUAAUUGUGAUUAUUUUUUUUAUUCAUUUGACAGCCCUAGUAGGAACAUAUCACUUUAAUGAGUAGCAUAUUUUAAAUAUCACUAUUUGUUAGCACUAUUAUGUGAGUGUAAUCCAGAGUUUGUGCAGUGUCUUAUAUCAAGUGCCUCAAUUUUUAGUCAGUGUGUGGCUGAGUUAGCCCACAUCAGUAAGGACAAUCAGAAAUGAGGUCACUGACCUCUGAGAGAGAAAUAAUUGUGCUUUGAUAUGUGAAAUGUUGAAUAUAUGAAUUCUCUUAUCUAACUACACAUACAAAAACUGUGUUGUGCUCCAGUGUAUACUCACCAGAUUAUGGGCUAACAUGAAAGUAUGUGCAUGUGUGUAUGUUUGAAUUUCUGCCUGCACUUUCUAUUUCUAUGUUUCUAUGACAAGCACACAGAGGAGUAAGGAAGGAUUACAGUUUGUACACCCCUUUCUUUCUCACCCUCUUCUCUCUUUGUGUGUGUAUGCACGUCUUGUUGGUACAUACUUCCUAGUGCAUCCUCUCACACAGGUAGCGGCGAGAACAUAGCCAUCUGUUUCCUGGACUCCCUCUGCAGUAACUCAAAUUCAAAAGGACUGCAGCAUGGGCAGAGCAAAUACUUCUCAACGCAACCCUAGGAUUCUUAUUUUUAAUGUUUUCUGUAAAGUUACUUAUGUGGAUUCAGUACUGACAUAUCUCUCUUUAUGUGAGGCACUAUAAAUGUGUUUUAUAAUGUUUUGUACAAGAAAAUGUGACAUUUUGGAGGGCUCUUCUUGUGAACUAUUGUAUUAAACUUGCAGCUAUUUCUGGAAA